AUAAACUGUUCAAUGACUAUUUUGCGUGAAAAUAUUAGAAUAAAAUCUUUCUUGUUUUCCUCUUAAAGUUAUCAAAUUUAUUAACUUUUUAUUUAAUCAAGAAGAUGGGUAGUAAAAACAAGAAGAAGAAAGAUGUUUCACAACAAAAGGAAUCAGUAAAAUCCGAUGAAGUUACGCAAAAAAUAGACAAUGAAGAAUUAGCGGCAACGGCAGAUUUAGGCGAAUGUAAGAAAAGCUACCGAAAACGAAAAAAGCAUUACUUUAAUGCCAUACGACAACAAAUGGAGUUUUAUUUUGGUGAUGCUAAUUUAACUAAAGAUCGUUUCCUUAGAAAAUUGAUAGAUAAGGAUCCAUAUGUUCCUUUGGAUUUGUUUUUAACAUUCAAUAAAAUAAAAUGCUUAUCUGCUUGCGUAGAGGAUAUAGUGAAAUCUUUACAUAAAUCUGACUUGUUAGAAGUAGAUGACACACAGAAAAAGGUAAGACGAAAAACUCCUCUGCCGGAAGACCGCAACGUAGAUGAGAAGACUUUGUAUGUCGAAGCAUUGCCACCUAAUGCUGAUCAUGAAUGGGUACGUGGAAUUUUCGAAAGAUUCGGUAACGUUACUUACGUCUCUUUGCCCAGAUAUGCAAAAUCAAGAAAAAUCAAGGAAUUUGGCUUCAUUGAAUUUGAAAAGGAAAAAAGCGUCCAAAAAGCUGUGAAAGCAUUCGCAGAAUUCAAUGGAGUUUUGUGUGCCUUAGAGAAAGAUCCAGCUGACUUAGCUAGUGUCAGGGCUUACCUUCGAGAACAAGAAGGUGAAAAAGAUAUUAUUGAGCACACUACGGAAACUUCACAACAAAUCAAUUCUAGGAAACGCCGAGCUUCGGAGGCAUUUAAUGAUGAUUCAGAAAUUAAAACGAAAAAACUUAAAUAUGACUCCGCAGAUGAAAACGUAGCUUCGGUCAGCGUCACCAGUCAACAGUCCUGCCUAAAGACUGAAAACGCUUCUAUUGUUACUGAUGAAGAGUUUAGAGAGCCAAAUGAAACAAACCAAAAGAAAAAGAGCCGUAAAAAGAAAAACAAAUCAAAAAUCGCAGAAAAGUUGAAAAUUCAAGCUGAACUAAGCACUGAUGUCGCUUAUUAUGAAUUAAAAAUUUUACCCAAAAGAGAUUGGAAACGUUUGCGCAACAAAUACUUAAAUUUGCAAAGAGAGAGUGUGGCCGAAUUGAAACGUAAGGCCUGGAGAGAACAGCAGGAAUUAAAACAUCAGCUAAGAGACUCAAAUAAUGACGACUCCAACUCACAGUUGAUGACACAACAAUCACCACAUAAAAUAGUAAAGACUCCAGAUCACAAACUUCAGAGAAUGAACAUGAACUUUUAUGGAGCAGGAGAGGAUGAAGCUAAGACGAGUUCCGGACUAUCAAAGUUACCCCUUUUUAGUUAUGAACCUGGUCUUAUAGUUGAAAUUACGCUGCUCGAGCCAUGCGUUAGUGUUAAAGAAUUUAAAGAGGAAAUGCGUCAGCACAGUACCGUAAAAUAUGUGGAUAUUAAAGAAGGUGCGACGCAAGCCUAUUUGCGAUUAGAUAGUCCAAACGGAGCUUUGGAUUUCGUCCAACAAAUUGCUUGUGCUGAAUAUCAAUGUAAAAUACUUUGUGGCGAUGCUGAAAUGGAAUAUUGGAGAAAAAUCGAAAAAGAUCGCGCACAAAAACUUAAAAAAUUAAUUAAAAGUCCACAGAAGCGUGGACGAGAAAAGAUAAAAAAGUUAAUAAACAAACAUUUGCGUUUUGAAGAUGACGAUAACGAGGAUGGCGAUAACUAUGCAAGAGAAGAUUAAUAAAUAUGAAAUGAAGAAUUUGUAA